CACAGGAAGAUCACACCAUCCCUCACCAUCAUCAGGAUGAAGAACUAAUAGACAUCAAAGUUGAGAUUAAAGAGGAAGAAGAAGAGAGGUUGGUGAGUGGAGAUCAGCAGUCUAUGGAGGAGGGGGAGAUGAUUUUUAAAAGUGAACAGGAGGAAUCUUCUCUACAUAUGGACACAAAUCACACGGGCACAUCAAUGAAGAUGGACAAAGACCAAAGCCAAGUGACUGAGAGGAUAUUGGACCUCACCUUGGAGAUCAUCUACCUACUGACUGGAGAGGAUUGUAAAGUAGUGAAGAAAAUAUCUGGUGAACCGUUAAUAUCCAGCAACUGUCUUCACAGGACAUCCCCCAUCACAGUGCCUCCACCUCACUGCCUGACAACAGAGGUAACCAGUGCCAAGAAAAUUCUAGAAGUCACCAACAAGAUCACUGAGCUGCUGACAGGAGAGGUACCGAAGUAUUUAGAAGGACACAAUGAUCUCUAUAAGGAGGCAAUGAUGGAGAAUCUUCCGCCCCUCACAUCACCGGAUGGAUCCAGUAACGGGAACCCACCAGAGAGACAUCCUCGUUCUCUGUAUUCCCAGGAUUCUACACAGGAAGGUCACACCAUCCCUCAUCAUCAGGCUGUAGAUCUGAAAGACCUAAAAAUUAAAGUGAAAGAAGAAGAAGAAGAGGAGGAGACAUUGGUGAGUGUAGAUCAGCAGUCAAUGGAGGAGGGGGAGAUGAUUGUGAAAAUUAAAGAGGAGAAAUCUUCGUUACGUAUAGAUACAAAUGGGCUCUAUGUCUGGAAUACCACGGAGAGACCUCCUACUUUAUCUACAGACUGUUGUGAAGAAAAUACUCUUACUCCAGAUAUCUAUCUGAAUUCUCAAAGUGCAGAAAGAACAAUGGAGCCAUCUCCUUUAAAUGACGGAGUUCACACAGGAUUGAGUUCAUUGUCAAGUUCAGUGUGUGGGAACAAAGCACCUGUCAAACGCAAAAAAAGUAACGCAAUUGUGGGUCCCUAUUCAUGUUCAGAGUGUGGGAAGUGUUUCGGUCAAAAAGGAAACCUCCUUAAUCACCAGAAAAGCCACACAGGUGAAUGCACUUAUUCAUGUUCAGAGUGCGGGAAGUGUUUCAGUCGUAAAGGAAAACUUAUUCUACACCAGAGAAUUCACGCUGACGAACGCCCUUAUUUAUGCUCAGAGUGUGGGAAAAGUUUUACUGAGAAAAGAAGCCUCAUCUUACACCAUAGAAUUCACACCGAUGAGCGGCCUUAUUCCUGUGCAGAGUGCGGAAAAAGUUUUACUCAACAUAUUAUACUACUUAGACACCAGAGCGUUCACGCAGGCAAGGGUUCUUUUUCUUGUUCAGAAUGCAGGAAAUGUUUCACUAGGAAAUGUAGUCUGGUGGAACACCAGAAAAUUCAUACUCAGGAUGGACUUUUAUUUUGUUUGGAGUGCGGGAAAAGUUUCUCCAGGAGAGGAAGCCUGAUAAGACACCAAAGAAUUCACACGGGCGAACGUCCUUUUUCCUGUUUGGACUGCGGGAAAUGUUUCACUCAGCAAAGCAUACUAUUUAGACACCGCAGUAUUCACACUGGGGAGCGGCCCUUUGCCUGUUCGGUGUGCGGGAAGGCUUUCUCUAGGAAACGAAGUCUGGUUGGGCACCAGAAAAUUCACAUUCGGGAUGGCUCUUUUUCAUGUUGAGCGUGUGGAAAAUGUUUUACACAAGACAAUGAUCUAAUAAAGCAACUGUUCAGUCAACUGUAUGAUUAAAAUGGGUUUAGAGUGGAACAUCUUGGCAAACGUGAAAGAGAUAUUUUGGCUAAAGGUGAAGUCUGACUUCUACAGUUCUUUCUCUCUUCUCGUCACAUUUGAGGGUCCUUAUUCUUUCUUUAACAUUCUUGAUAAAGUAAAAAAAUAAUCCAUUCUGAAAGAGUGUGAGUGAGGCCCUUAAUUUGGGGCAGUAGUUAUGCAUACUAAAGAAAAAUAAAUAUUCCAAACUGCGUUAUGCUCAGAUUCUCUGGGUAGGGGUGAGGAUAAAGAUUUUUGCAAUA